AUGCGGUGCACUGUGCACGUGAAUGGACGCAAGAUCGCGGUUGCCCUCGCCACACUCGAAGAGGUCGAUGCACAGUUCACCGUGGCAGCACUUCGCGCGUCAUGCAUCAGCAAGGAUGCUAGCGAGGGCAACGCCGUCGGCCCCGAGAACGAAGCGAAACAAGAAGAAAUCGUCAUCACCGCCAUCAGCGUGGCCGGCGUGCUCGUCGACACCACGUACAGGGCGGUAGUGGAUCGAGCUGGCUUCAACGCGAUUAGUCUAAUCGACGUUCAACACGGUGCUGUACGGCCAGACGCUCGUGGCAAUGCGCCGGGGCGUGUCCGUGAAUACCGUUACCAGCGGCAGAUAGAAACUAUCGGGGAACGGAUGGCGAAAGAGUAG